AUGGGGGCCAGAGCCACUGCCAGAUCAAAUACUGAGCAAAGUAAGGAAUUGUGGGAGAGUCAUAUUGCAGUUUCUCCACGGGACCAUUGGCAGCUUCCUCGAGGUACCACCACCCACUUGUUUCAUUCCGGCAUUCAGCAGGAGCUGGGCACCGUGAUAGCAGCCCUGGCAGCUGCACUUUCUCAUGUGUACAAGCAAGAAGCUGGAAACAGUAGGAAGGCCUCUUGCAAUAUUGAUGAAAAACAGCCUCUUCCCCACUAUCAGCCAGAGGUGGAAAAUGAUGUGUUUCUGAAACUCCAGCCUCAACCCUCAGAUGAGGAAUCCCAAAGUGCCAGUCCCCAGCAGGCCCUGGCUCCUGGAAAACGCCCACAGGGUGACUCCAAAGGAAGUAUGGAGAUUCCAGGCCUUGGGGAGUGGCUCUGUGAGGUUUCAUGUGGACCCAGAGCCUUUCCUGCACUACAGAGGAAAAUACGGAAGGUAGAAAACACCUUGGAUGAGCUAAAUGAAGAAUUCUUCCGGCUGACGGUUGAAGCCUUCAAGCUCCAGGAAGAUGAGUCAGGUCAAUUGUCCCUAAGUGAAGGUGAUCCAAUGGUGAGUGCAAGAUUCCAACCAAAGAAUGACAACAGCCCAGACAUAAAGACCUUCGGAAUCUGGGCUCUGAAGAGUGAUCAGACCCUUUUGUUGGAGGUGAGGCGAACCCAGCUGACUCAGCAGAUUGGAGACUUGGAGUGCGAGCUGGCCCUGCUCCUCCAGGUGUCCGAGAGCCAAACACGUGAAAGAAGAAGCCAGCCCAGCCUGGAACAGAACUGGACAGAGGGGGGAUCCAGCUUGGCGCCCGCGCGCCCUUCUUGGCGAUGCCAGCGGGAGAGCGAGACCUGGAGCGUCAGACUCAGUUCCUCGCUGUGUACCAGUGAGUGCGUCCAGCGGGCAGGAGAGAGCACACGGCACAUAUUCCGCAGAAGCCCACUGUUGCAGGAACUUGAGCUAGAAUUUCGGUCCCUCACACCCCCGACUGCACCCCCAGUGCGUGUUCUCGCCGGGCCCAGCCUGGUUCGCCUCAGAUCCUCAGUGUUUUUCUUUGCUCGCUCCCUGGUUCGGCCCCUGCUUAGCCCGACGGGGAUCCGGCGGCAAGGACUGGGUCGGGGCGGGUGGGGACGGCAGAGCCGGGUGGGUGCAGGUGUACUGGGAGCGUUUGUCCGCUGCACGCUGUCCCUCGCUGUGGUCAUUCUGGGGCCCUCUGGGGGCGCACUGGCCAGGAGUGACUCGACCAGCUGGGUUCGCAAUUCGGGACCCAGUUCCUGCGCCCGGUCCCUGGUCCUCUGCUCGGCCGGGCCCGCCUCCCGCGUCCUCCCGCGCGGCUCCGUGGGCGGGGCGGGUGCAUUUAAGGCGCAGCAGCCGGCGGCCUUCAUCCUCAAGGCCCCCGCGCCCACCGCGGGCUGUGCCACCAGUGUCAUGGGACAGAAAACACCAGAAAUUUACUCCGUGGAGCUCAGUGGAACAAAAGACAUAGAGAUAGCAGACGAUAGAAACAGGACUGGUAAGGAGAAGUACAGGGGCCUGAAGAACUGCCUGGAACUCAGGAAGCAUCACCAGAAAGAGAAGCCCCAAAAACAGCUUGAUCUGGAUGACCACAAACUCAGCAAUAAGGAAUUGGAAACGAAAUACAGUACAAACAUUACUACGGGUCUCUCCAGCACCCAAGCUGCUGAGCGCCUGACUCGGGAUGGACCCAAUGCCCUCACUCCUCCAAAGGAGACCCCAGAGAUCAUCAAAUUCCUGAAACAAAUGGUGGGGGGCUUCUCCAUUCUCCUGUGGAUAGGAGCGAUCUUGUGUUGGAUUGCAUAUGGAAUUCAGUAUGCCAAUGAUAAGUCUUCAUCGCUGGACAAUGUCUAUCUGGGCUCAGUUCUGGCUUUGGUGGUUCUUCUCACUGGGAUAUUUGCUUACUACCAGGAGGCAAAAAGCACAAACAUCAUGGCCAGCUUCAGCAAAAUGAUUCCACAGCAAGCUCUUGUCAUCCGAGACUCAGAGAAAAAGACCAUCCCAGCAGAGCAGCUGGUGGUGGGAGACAUUGUGGAGAUCAAAGGAGGGGACCGCAUCCCAGCUGACAUCAGGUUACUGUAUGCUCAGGGGUGUAAGGUAGAUAACUCAUCUCUGACUGGGGAAUCUGAGCCCCAAUCCCGCUCCUGUGAGUUCACCCAUGACAGCCCCCUGGAAUCCAAGAAUAUUGGUUUCUAUUCCACCACCUGUCUGGAAGGCACUGCGACAGGCAUGGUCAUCAACACAGGGGACCGCACCAUUAUUGGCCAGAUCGCCUCCCUGGCUUCAGGAGUGGGGAAUGAGAAGACCCCCAUUGCCAUUGAGAUCGAGCACUUUGUGCAUAUCGUGGCGGGAGUUGCUGUCUCCAUCGGCGUCCUUUUCUUCAUCAUUGCAGUAUCUAUGAAGUAUCGAGUCCUGGACUCCAUCAUCUUUCUCAUUGGCAUCAUUGUGGCCAAUGUGCCUGAGGGUCUCCUGGCCACUGUCACUGUGACUCUCUCUCUGACAGCAAAACGUAUGGCCAAGAAGAAUUGUCUGGUAAAAAACUUGGAGGCAGUUGAGACUCUGGGCUCCACCUCGGUCAUUUGCUCAGAUAAGACUGGUACUCUGACUCAGAACAGGAUGACUGUGGCCCAUCUAUGGUUUGACCAUCAGAUAUUUGUGGCUGACACCAGUGAAGAUCAUUCCAAUCAAACUUUUGAUCAAAGCUCUGGAACCUGGGUCUCCUUAUCAAAGAUCAUAACAUUGUGUAACCGAGCUGAGUUCAAGCCAGGACAAGAAAAUGUCCCCAUCAUGAAGAAAGUUGUAGUUGGAGAUGCCUCAGAAACUGCUCUUUUGAAAUUCUCAGAAGUCAUUUUGGGUGAUGUGAUGGAAAUAAGAAAAAGAAAUCGAAAAGUAGCUGAAAUUCCUUUUAACUCAACCAACAAAUUUCAGCUCUCUAUCCAUGAGACAGAUGACCCCACUGACCGGCGUUUCCUUCUGGUGAUGAAAGGGGCUCCUGAGCGGAUCCUAGAGAAGUGCAGCACCAUCAUGGUCGGCGGUCAGGAGCAGCCUCUGGACCGCAGCACUGCCGAGGCCUUCCACACUGCCUACAUGGAGCUGGGAGGCUUAGGGGAGCGUGUGCUCGGUUUUUGUCAUCGUUACCUACCACUUGAUGAGUUUCCAGAAACCUACUCAUUUGACAUAGACACUAUGAACUUUCCAACUUCCAACCUGUGUUUUGUGGGACUCUUGUCAAUGAUUGACCCUCCCCGGUCCACUGUGCCCGAUGCAGUCACUAAGUGCCGGAGUGCAGGGAUCAAGGUUAUUAUGGUUACAGGUGAUCAUCCAAUCACUGCCAAAGCCAUUGCCAAGAGUGUCGGUAUCAUUUCAGCCAAUAGUGAGACAGUGGAAGACAUUGCAAAACGCCUCAAUAUUUCUGUGGAGCAAGUUAACAAGAGGGAUGCAAAAGCUGCUGUGGUAACUGGAACUGAGUUGAAGGACAUGAGCCCAGAACAACUGGAUGAACUCCUAACCAACUACCCAGAGAUUGUUUUUGCCAGAACAUCUCCCCAGCAGAAAUUAAUCAUUGUGGAAGGCUGUCAGAGGCAGGACUCAGUUGUUGCAGUGACAGGAGAUGGAGUGAAUGACUCCCCUGCGCUAAAGAAGGCAGACAUAGGGAUUGCCAUGGGAAUAUCAGGUUCAGACGCCGCCAAAAAUGCAGCUGACAUGGUCCUGCUGGAUGACAACUUUGCAUCCAUAGUCACAGGGGUGGAGGAGGGUCGCCUGAUCUUUGACAACUUAAAGAAAACUAUUGCUUACACACUGACCAAGAACAUCGCUGAACUGUGCCCCUUCCUGAUUUACAUCACAGCGGGGUUGCCUCUUCCCAUCGGCACCAUCACCAUCCUUUUCAUCGACCUGGGCACAGACAUAAUCCCCUCCAUUGCCUUGGCUUAUGAGAAAGCAGAAAGUGACAUCAUGAAUAGGAAGCCUCGUCACAAGAAGAGGGACAGACUUGUGAACAAGCCACUUGCCACUUACUCCUACCUGCACAUUGGACUCAUGCAAGCCCUGGGAGCCUUUGUAGUGUAUUUCACUGUCUACGCACAGGAAGGCUUCAGGCCCAGCAACCUCCUUAACUUACGGGUGGAGUGGGAGAUGGACCAUGUGAACGAUUUGGAAGACAGCUACGGACAAGAAUGGACGAGAUACCAAAGGAAGUACCUAGAAUGGACAGGCUACACAGCUUUCUUUGUUGGCAUCAUGAUUCAACAAAUAGCUGAUCUGAUCAUCAGAAAAACUCGGAGAAAUUCCAUCUUCCAGCAGGGCCUCUUCAGAAAUAAAGUCAUCUGGGUGGGGAUAGCCUCUCAGAUCAUCAUUGCACUGAUCCUAUCUUACGGCUUGGGAAGCAUCACUGCCCUGAAUUUCACCAUGCUCCGGCCUCAGUAUUGGUUCGUGGCUGUGCCACAUGCCAUCCUCAUUUGGGUGUAUGAUGAAGUGCGAAAACUUUUCAUUAGACUUUACCCAGGAAGCUGGUGGGAUAAGAAUAUGUAUUAUUAAGACACCUGGUUUUGCAAGCCUUUCAACUGACGAUGGAGUUGAUGCUCUUCAUCAUCUGGCAAGGAGAUGGUCUCAG